AUGGAUGCGAAACUCAUCGACCAAACGUGUAGAAAAACACCGGAUUACAACCUUUGUACCUCAAUUCUCAAAUCUAGCCCCGAUAAAGAUCUUAGAGGUUUAGCUAUCGUAGCUAUUGAUGCAGUUGGGUCUAAAGCAACUACUACAAUGAACAGAAUUAAUGAGUUGCUUAAACAAAGCCCAAAAGAUACUGCCUUAAAUCAUUGUCAUGAUAUGUACAAUGUAAUUUUAAAUUCAUAUGUUCAAGGAGCCAGGGAUACGCUUAAGCGGGGUGCCUCUUCUCAUAUUGCAACCUCAAGCAUGAGUCUCACUCCCGAUACUGCAAUGUCAUGCGAGGAAGCUUUUAAAGGCAGGUCUCCUCUUACUAAUUUGAACAAAGAUGUCGAGAAUAUUGCGGCAGUGGCUGGAGCAGUGGCGGGUCAAUUGCCUUGA